GAAUUAUAUUAUAAAAUUGUUAUUCAAUUGACUAAGAAUAGGAACCAUGUUUUUAUUCUUACGAACUACACCCAUGUAAAGACUCAAGUCACUUUGACAUAGUCACACAAGACCUGAAUAUUUCAAGAGAUUCCUUUACAUUUGAGAUUAGAAGAUAUUAACAACAUAAAUUUGUGGUUCAUCCUUCAUCGCCAUUUUCCUCUUUUCUAAGAUUGCUUCUUGAGAAAUGGAUAUGUUAAAUGUUUGCUCAGCAACAUCUCCAUCACAAUUGAAAGCACAUGAGGUUCAUAUUGAGUUGAAAUUAGCAACAUCAUCAAUAUUAUUGGCACAGCCACAGCUUCACCAACAAGGAUGCACUUCUAAUCAACAUCGACUGCCUUCCCUUCACUUGUUACAAGAUAAAAGAAAAUAUUUGAACCAAUGUGUACCCCUUUAUAAGAGAGCACUAGAAGGUGAUUGGAAUGCAUCAAAGGGUAUGAUACAUAAAAAUAAUGAACUAUUAAAUGCUGCUAUAACAAGGGAUUAUGGCACACUACUUCAUGUUGCAGCAGGAACAAAUCAUGUUCAUUUUGUAGAGGAGUUAGUUAAAUUACUUAAGCCAAAUGACUUGUUACUACAAAACAAUAAAGGGAAUACAUCAUUGUGUGUGGCUGCUGUUUCUGGAAAUCUUCAAAUUGUUGUUAUAUUGAUUGAGACAAAUGGGUGCCUAAUACAAAUUAGAGGUGUUGAAGGAAUGAGUCCUCUAACUAUGGCUGCUUUUUAUGGAAGAAGCGACAUUGCAAGGUAUCUAUUCAAUCAUAAUAUAGAUAUAUUGGAAGAAGAGGAGAUGAAUGGUUUGUUCUUCAUUUGCAUCAAGAAUGAUUUGUAUGAUUUAGCUUUGCAAAUGGUAUGGAAAAAGUCAACAUUGGCAUUGAUUCGAAAUAACAACAGUGAAACAGGCUUACAUGUCUUGGCUAGAAAGCCUUUUUGUCUUGGCAUGGAGAUAAGUCCAUUAUUUCUCCAACUUGUUGGUUGUCUUUGGAACAUACUUCUCAAUCAUGGAUGUACAGAAACACAUAGGACAAUUAUAAAUCAACCAUCAAAAAUAACAUUUGAUGCUACAGAAAUUGGAAAUUUUCACUUUGUGGCUGAGCUUUUGAGGUCUGAGCCUGAUUUAAUAAGAGAAGUUGAUGACAAAAAAAGAAGCAUAUUUCACAUUGCUGUUCAACAUUGUCAUUCAAGCAUAUUUAGUCUAAUACAUGAAUUAGGCUCCUUCAAAGAUUCAAUUGUAGCACUUGAAGAUGAUGAAGAAAAUAAUAUAUUACAUUAUGCUGCUAAAUUAGCACCUCAUUGUCAGCUUAAAUUAAUUUCAGGAGCAGCUCUUCAAAUGACACAUGAAAUACUAUGGUUUGAGGAAGUGAAAAAGUUAAUGUCACCAUUAGAAACAAAGAAGAAAAAUUGCAAUGGCAAAACUCCUGAUGAUAUAUUUACUGAGGAGCAUAAAGAGCUAUUAACAAAAGCAGAAUCUUGGAUUGAAAGCACAACAAAUUAUUGCAUUCUUAUUUCAACACUCAUUUCAACUGGAGUAUUUACAUCAACAUUUAACAUACCUGGUGGCUACAACAAAAAUACAGGAACACCAAAUUAUUUACAAAAACAAGCAUUUCUUAUAUUUGCGGUAUCGAAUGCAACUGCAAUGAUAUCAUCCGCAAUUUCGAUACUAAUUUUCUUAUCUAUUAUCAUCUCAAGUUAUGCAGAGUAUGCUUAUUUCAAAUCACUUCCUUCAAAGUUGCUAUGUGGAUUGAUUGCACAAAUCAUCUCCAUUACAAGCAUGAUGAUAGCUUUUAGUGUUUCAUUUUUUAUAACAUAUUGUCAUGGUUUGAUUUGGGUUCCAUAUUUUAUUUCUGUUUUUGCAUUACUUCCUAUAGUUUUGUUCAAAUUUCUUGUAUAUCCACUUUGGUUGGAUAUUAUAAGUUCUUCUUAUUUUUGUAUGUCCCUAUUUCAGCCAAGAAAAGGAAUUCUUAAUUAACUAGUAGGAAAAAGAUAGAAAUGUAAAUUAUAGAUAUGUUUAAUAUAUCCUAGCUAGCUACAUGUAGUUUUAUAUUGUAUAGAUUUUUCCAUAUUAUUAAGACAUUAAAUUUAUGGAUCUCUCAAUUAUAAAAUGUUUAACAUAUCUAUUUUUCUAUCGAAUUGAGACUCAAGUCACACUUAAAAUA